CUUAAAUAGGCAUUCGAUCUCAUUGGUGGUGCGCGGCCACAGCACGGCUCAAAUUCUCGGGCGCGGCGCAAACGCAGCAAGACCGCAGCCCCCUCAUUCGCACGCAGCGCAAGCGCCGUGUGCCAGCGCAUCGCGUUCCUUUAUCUACAAUAUCUACCUUCAUGGAAUAAAUCGAUUUAUAAAAGUUAAAUAUAAAUGAAAUAAUAUAAAAAUGAUACACAGUGUGCACGCGUGUGUCAAGUGACAGUUUAUCUUUAGUGCUUUCAUUAAUUAUAAAUUAUAUCAGUAAAUAAAUAAAUACCCGUUAUUGUAAGUGGAACACGGCCAGACGGGGUGGCUUUGAUUAAUGAACAUCUGUGUGGAGUGAACAUUUGAUAUACAUGACUUCCCCUAAACUUGAAAUGUCACUGGAACAUGAAAUUCCUGUGCUAAUGAAAAAGACGCAGAUGAGUGGUGAUCAUUCCGUGUCUCAGUGCGGGUUGACAUCUUUACUGCCGAUGUCGUGUCGCGGUCGCGCUGCUGCGUUCGCGCGCGACCUCCAUUCACGACUCCGGAACCUCGGCGCGACUCAAGACGAAGACUGCGAAAGUAGCUGGCUCACAGGCGACGGCGCUGAACACCGGCCCACCACAUCCACCACCCAAUGCGACCACGAUACUUUUUAUGAUUUUGAACUAGAAUGCGAGAGUCCUUCCAGCCCUGUUGAUGAAUUUGAUACUUCUUUUCCAGAACGUCCAUCGGUCGAAACCGAUGAUAAAGAAACACCUUUUUAUGAUGUCGACUCAGAAACAGAAAUUAAAGAACAGGUCAAGCUUAUGGUUCACCAACCCGACAAAGUACAAAAUCGGUUUAAAUUUUCUACAGUUUUUUAUACAGAAUCUCCAGUUAAACUACAACCAUCACCACGUGAAAAUGGUCAUGCUGAUAAACGGCUCUUUUCCCCGAUCACAUUUGAUGAUUGCGCGCGACAAAAUAGUAACGAUGAAACAGAUUGUAUCGUGAAAUCUUCCCCGUCAGUAGACAUUGAUCGAUUAAGUUUACCAGAAUAUUCUAGUGUUAACUUAGAUAGUGAUUCAGAAUUUGAAUCGGCCAAAAGUGAUCCGUCUGAUGGUAUUGAUGAAGUUUUUCAGAGUGAUAAAUUUUUAGACAACGAUGUAACAGAGUGUGUGGAAAAUUUAUCAGUCACAGAAAACGAAUUACCAAACGAAAACGAUAUAUUAACAGAAGUAAACGAAACUGAAGUAUAUGAAGAAGAAACGAAAGCUGUGGAAAUCAUAACCAGUGAAGUACCUAUCGAAAAAGAAAUAUCACCUGCGCCCGAAAUUGAACCGACACUUUUGAGCGCUGAAAUUAAAGUGGAAGAUAAUGAUGAUAUAGAAGAUGACAGACCGCAACGAGUUCGUCGUUGUUCUUCAUUAAAAACUGGUAAAACACCGCCUGGAACACCUGGUCGAAAAAAAAUCGUACGAUUUGCCGAUGUGUUAGGUCUCGAUUUGGCGGAUGUUAAAACGUUUAUGGAUGAAAUUCCUGUCAUUCCAAAAUCAGCUUAUGAUGAUCUCACUGGUUGUGAUAUGCAAAAUUCUCCUCCGGUACGAGCUCCACCUCGAUUCGGCACCUUAACGUUAGUCCCUCUUUUCCAAUUACCCCGUGAUGUCACGGAAAAACUUGAAAUAUUUAAUGUGUGUUUGGAAAGUGCGCGAGUCUGCGAUGGUGUACACGUAACCGUAUGCGGGUCAGUACGGGUACGCAAUUUAGACUUUCAUAAAACUGUACAUGUUCGUUAUACAUUGAACAGAUGGAUAACGUAUACGGACUUACAGGCUUCAUAUGUACAGGGCUCCUGUGAUGGAUAUUCAGAUCGAUUUCAGUUUGUUUUAUAUGCACCUUCUAUAUCAACUGGCCAAAGAUUGGAACUCGCUGUUCGAUUCCAAUGCAAAGGGCAGCAAUUUUGGGAUAAUAAUAGUGGAGCUAACUAUUGUUUUGAUUGCUUAGCACUGGGAAUUAUACUGCCUUCACCAACUUUACCCGGGCCACUGCACCCAACAGUAGACUGGCAUCCCUCAUUUUACUGACGCUGCACGGGCUGAUCCCAGAGGAAAAUAAGUCAGUAUCGGAACGGCGAUGGCAAACGAAUGAAAGCGAGUAUUCCGGCGAGUUCCUGAGCAGAGCGCAUAUAGCGCGGCUCGCUUGAAACACCCGCUGCUAGUCACAUUCCUGUGCCCGCUGCGGUGGCGUUCUGUUCGGAUGAGAGUGUGUGGAGUCCUGAAUUAAUGAGGCUUAAAAGCGGUAAAGCGUUUUUGUGAUAUAAAAUAGAUUAGGUGUAGAUAUUAAUCCAACGAACGCGCAUCUCGUCCAAGAGUGCCAUUUAAAAAUAUCAAGAUUUCGAUUUAAUAUGUAUUUUUUCGAAGUUUUGGUUCUAGAAUCUUAUUACAAUAAUAGUAGGACAAUAAAUUAUAAUGUGAUGCGGUGCAACGAACACAACACAUUGGCGAUAUGGGUUACAACAGCGCAUACUGCGCAGGAGUGGCUUUGAUGUCGACAAAACGAAUGGAUGCCUUCAUUGUUCCUUUGUAUAUAUAAAACGAUAUGAUUGAAUUAUGAAUGAUAUUAAUAUUUUAAUACAUUUUUUACAAAAUCUAUUAGCCUUUUAAGGUCUAUGUCGAAAUAUUAUUAUGUAAUAGCAUCACCUAGUUAGCGAGAUUUUAUUCACUUUAACGUCUUUACGAACUGUAGAUAUCAGUUAUUACAAAAAUAAAAAAAUAUUUAUUGUGACAUUAUUUGUUACAUUGUUACAUUAUAUAUAAACUAUAAAUUAUAGGCAUGCCUAAUAUUUGAAUAGUCAGGUAUAUGUAGUCUAAAAGAACAGCAAUUUACCUAUUUACUAUUUUAAUAUUAAAUAACUGUAUCAAUGUUAUGAACUGCAAAUAUUUAGAAUCUAUAUUUUUAUAAUUAUGAAAUAAACUCAUGACAAACUUCCGCAGAACUGAUAAUAAUAAUUGUUAAUUCGAUUUUGAGAUUUUAAUCAAGAAGACUUUUAGAAAUUAUAAAAUUAAAUUAUUUUUACAUGUAAGCAAUAUUACUUAUUUAAUAGGCAGUUUUUUUUUAUUUUAUAAUAUGUACCUGAAUUCUAUACAAUGUGGCCAUAUUAACUUUACUGCAUGAAUGGCAGGUUUGCAACUCGUAUAAUAUUUAUUGUUAUUUGACAUCUGUUUUAUUAAUAACUAUUUACAUAAUAAAUCAAUAUGCAUAAUUGAAAAAUUUAUGGUUUGAUUUUAUAUUGUUACACGAUUCUGUAUGGUACAACAAUUAAAAUACCUACUAAG